CAAGUGCGACAUUGCGGAGCGCUAUUUCUCAGCUCGCAUUGCAAGAACCGGCACCAAAGGAACAUAGAAUGAUCCAUGUCUCAGUUUCGAAUUGCUUUGGGUGUUUCGAAUAUGUCAAGGGAAGACAAUGAUGGAAGCCAGGGCUUAUAAGGGACGCAGCCAAGCUGUUACACGGAUCAUUAUGGAACCGGAAGCUUGGAGGUACAAACAAUACCCAAACAAUCCUCUACCGCGACCAUGUCCGAGUACGCAGAUAAAGCUGAGCUCAUAAAAUCAAAAAUCCAAGAACGCGAAGAGUUCGUUCGUGAGUCUUGGGUAAAAGCCAUGGAAGCUCGGCUUGUGCGCGACGAGCUCGUGAAAUGUCACCGGCAUGAGGGCGUCAACCACCAGGAGAACUGCAAAUGGCUGUCAGACAAGUAUGCGUCGAUGCUCAAGGAGAAUAAGGUCAAGGGCUACAAAAAGAUUGACUUCUAGAUCGUCUUACUAUCCUAGUGCCUCUUAGAAUUGACCACUCAAACUACACAGCAUUGACUGAUGUGCCGUCAGUGUUCAAGUGGGUG